AUGUCAUUAUACAAUUUACAAGAAAUAUUUGAAUUAAAAAUUAAAAUCGGCUAUUAUUUUGAUGGUCCUGAAGAUGAAAAAUACAGAAUCACCAAGAUUAUAAAUAUCGAUUCAGAGAAUAAUUUCAUAAAGGUUUUAGUUGUGAAUGAAUCUAAAAAAAGUAAUGUUUUUGGAGAAGGUUGUGAAGGAUAUUAUAGAGUUUACCAAGAAGAAUUUAUUCAAGUAUCAAAAUGGUAUUUUGGAAAGAAACAUAGAGGAAAAAUUAAAAUUAAAAAUUUUUAA